UCACAACACAUCAGUCACGAGGUCAAAAAGGUCUUUAAAUUAUCUCCAUUAACAUGAAAAAUUAAAACAAGACUCCCAUCCACCAGGACCACCUCCUCCUCACACACCGGGAUGAUUAACUAAUAACAGGCUCAGUUAUGUAUCCUAGAACCUAUAAGGUUUUGAACUUUGUGUUGCGGGAAAAACUCCAUCAUGGUAGCAAGACAAUUUCAUGCAUUGGCUAUCCAUCCCUCAAAUUUGAGCCAUGCAGGAGUGAGCUGAGUUACAGUCGGUAUCAACAAGUCCGUUUAGUACAGCUAUGUCGUAGGCUGGCUACUGUCGACCGGCCUCCAGGCACAGGCACUUCACCAACUAAUGAAGAAAGCACUUCAAAGAAAGCAGUGUCUGACCCUCCCACCCCUCCUACAUCAGCCACCUACCGCCUCAAGGAAGCAGUUAUUAAAGUUAUUCCUCGGAAAAAAGAACGAGUAAAGUUUGACACAUCCCAUCCAUCAACUGAACGGAAUUUCAUAACUGCUGUUCGUGCAAUGUCAGAGUUUCUGCUGAAGCCUUCUGACCUAGAAAAUCUUCGUAAAACCAAGAGACGCUCACCAUUUGAAAAUGAACCUCCCAUUACUGUGUACUGGAGGAAGGAUGUUGAAGCCAAAGCUGUGCAGGUGUGGGGAAGCUUAAUGGCCCUGGAGAAGGAAAGAAUAAAUAGAGAAAAAGACAUCAGGAGGUAUAAAGAAAUGGAUGUGUUUCAUGUGAAAAGAGCUGUGAAGAAGCUUUACUCUCUAAGGAAAAUACUGAGGAGCUUUAAGAGUGGAGAUAUCUUCAACAUCAAGAAAUUACUGAAGGACUAUCGUCGUGACCAGAGGACUGGGCCUGAGCCUGUCAAACCACCUGGCUUAGAUGCCUCCGGGAAGGUUGUGUGGGCUGCAGUCGUGAUUAAUGGAGCAAACUUUAUAAUGAAGUUAGGGGCAUGGGCAUUCACUGGAGCACACAGUCUGUUUGCAGAAGCAUUGCAUUCCUUUGCUGAUGUCACCAACCAGCUCCUUCUUGCCUAUGGUAUUCAUAAGUCAAAACAGAGUGCUGACAUAGUUCAUCCCUAUGGCUACACCACCAUGAGAUAUGUUUCUUCAUUAAUAUCUGGGGCCAUGAUCUUCUGUGUGGGCUCUGGUCUCUCCAUCCAGCAUGGCAUCUCUGGGCUCCUAGGUCCCACAGAGGUGUUCCCUUAUUAUUGGGCUUUCUACAUCCUAGGAGGGUCUCUGAUCACUGAGGCAACCCUGCUCAUGGCUGCUCAUGCCAUCAGGAAGGGAGCACAAGAACAACAAAUGUCUUUCACUGAAUAUGUGCUAAGAGGGCAAGAUCCAAGUGUAAAUGUGGUGCUACUGGAGGAUAUGGCAGCUGUCAUGGGUGUCACCGUUGCCAUGGCAUGUAUGGGCCUCACUUCCUUCACUGGUUCACACAUUCCUGAUGCCUUAGGUUCUUGUCUCAUUGGUGGAAUCUUGGCUGGGGUGUCAGGGUUUAUUAUCUAUACAAAUGCUGCAGCUCUGGUUGGAAAAUCCAUCCCACAGCAUCGAUUGGAGAAAAUCAAUGAUGAGCUUGAGCGUGAUGUGUUAAUUCGUGCCAUUUAUGAUGUAAAAGGUAUUGACAUGGGCACUGGACUUGUGCGAUACAAAGCUGAAGUGGAUUUUGAUGGUCGAGAGCUGACAAGAGGGUACCUGGACAAACAAGAUUUAGACAUUCUCUUGAAGGAAAUGCAAUCACUGAAAACAAUUGACGAAGUGGAAGUAUUUAUGCUCAAACAUGGAGAGAACAUUGUUGACAGUCUAGGAGCAGAAGUGGACCGAAUAGAGACGAUACUCAAGAAAAGCCAUCCAGAGAUUCGUCACUGUGAUCUAGAAAUUCUGUAGACAAUGGAACAAGGGUCUGCUGUCUUCAGCUUUAUUUAGUUGUACCUGUAUAUCUUGAAGUGUGUGUGUCUACAGAAAUAUGUGUUACCAUUAGUGUGUGUAUAGAAUGAAACUGAUAACAACAUAAUGACAAGGUAUGUCUUUU